AUUCCUUCCGGUCUCCGUACAGGAAUUUCAACUGCAUGACGUCAUUUAUCCUGCUAACAAAGUUGGGCUACUGCAAAACUGAGCUGGGAUAUUUUAACCUUCCUUGAAAAAUGUGACGGGAUUUAGCGGACAAUUUCCCUAGAACUGGAUUUUAAGAUUUUUGGAUGUGUAGAAUGAAAACACCCCAUUGUAACUCAUGCUGGAUCACGAUGAGAACUUUCUGAGAAGAAGAAAAAUCGACGACACACAGAAAUUAGUUAUAUGGAGGAACUGGAAGGCACACAUGGACGCCACUGUGCGGGUUGCGGAGGAGUGAUUCAAGAUGCAUUCAAUGUGAAAGUUCUGCAAGGAACUUGGCACAAUACCUGUUUUCAGUGCUCGGAAUGCUGUGACCACCUGACCAACUGGUACUAUGAGAAGAAUGGCAAGCUGUACUGCCGUAAACACUACUGGGAGAAGUUUGGGGAGCUGUGUCAUGGCUGUUCUCUGCUCAUGAUUGGACCUGCCAUGGUGGCUGGAGAAUACAAUUAUCACCCAGAAUGCUUUGUAUGUCUGAGCUGCAAGGUGGUCAUCGAGGACAGAGACACCUACGCCUUGGUGGAGCGAUCCAAGCUGUACUGUGGGAAGUGCUAUAAGCAGGUAGUCCUGGCACCCGUGUUGGAGAAGCGUUCGGCUGACUCGGCCCUGGGCUCUCUGCCCCACACGGUCACCCUCAUCUCUAUGCCCUCUGCCACCAACAGCAAGAGGGGCUUCUCUGUCUCUGUCCUAAGAGACGUUGCCAGCGGCUCCUCUAGCGUUCAAGUCAAAGAGGUCAGAGGAAUGCAUAUCAGCCCGGAGGUUCGGAAUGCCAUCCAUGUUGGUGACCGGAUUCUGGAGAUCAACGGUCUUCCAGUGGGAACACUGAUGGAGGAAGAGGUGGAGGACCUCAUUCAUCGGACCAGUCAGACGCUGCAUCUGCUCAUAGAGUACGAUCCAGUCAGGCAGCGGUUGGAAAGGCUCAGACUGGGGUCCUUGCACAACCGCUUGGGGGUCCCCGCCACCUCCCGCAUGCGCCUGUCUUCACCCUCUGACAGUGUCCUGGAGAGGACAGAUCUGGUGGAUGAUGCCACCCUAAAGAGGAGGUCUCUAAGGCGUAGCAACAGCAUCUGUAAGUCCCCUGGGCCAGCCUCCCCUAAGGAACACCCUAUCUUGACCCGGGACAUCGGGCGCUCUGAAUCCCUGCGCUCCUCCAGCAGCUGCUCUCAUCGCAUCUUCCGCCCCUGUGACCUCAUCCAUGGAGAGGUUCUGGGCAAGGGCUUCUUUGGCCAGGCUAUCAAGGUGACCCACAAAGCCACUGGUGAGGUGAUGGUGAUGAAGGAGCUGAUUCGCUGUGAUGAGGAGACCCAGAAGACCUUUCUAAAGGAGGUUAAAGUGAUGAGAAGUCUGGAACAUCCCCACGUGUUGAAGUUCAUCGGCGUGCUAUACAAGGACAAGAGGCUUAAUUUAAUAACCGAGUUUAUCGAGGGAGGCACACUGAAGGAUUUCAUUAGAGACAUGGACCAGUUUCCAUGGGAGCAGAGGGUCAGCUUCGCUAAAGGUAUUGCUUCUGGAAUGGCCUACUUGCAUUCAAUGAGCAUCAUCCAUAGAGAUCUUAACUCUGACAACUGCCUGGUGAAACUGGACAACACAGUGGUGGUGGCAGACUUCGGCCUAUCCCGGCUCAUGGUGGAGGAGAAGGUCAAGCACCCUCCCCCAGAGAAACUGGCCAAUAAGAAAAGAGUGUUCAGGCGCAUUGAUCGUAAGAAGCGCUACACAGUGGUGGGGAACCCCUACUGGAUGGCUCCAGAGAUGCUGAAUGGUAAACGCUAUGAUGAAAAGGUGGACAUUUUCUCCUUUGGAAUUGUGCUUUGUGAGAUUAUUGGGCAGGUGAAUGCCGACCCAGAGUGCCUUCCAAGGACCUAUGACUUUGGCCUCAAUGUAGACAAGUUCAUGGAGAAGUUCCUUCCUGAUGACUGCCCACAAGCUUUCUUUGCAUUGGCUGUGGCUUGUUGUGACCUCAUCCCUGAAAACCGGCCUGCCUCCCAGAAGCUGGAGGACUGUUUCGAAGCCCUGCACCUCAACCAGGAGAUGGGCAUCCCUCUGCCAGCCGAACUGGAAGAGCUGCACCAGAGACUGUGUCGACUCCACCCCCCCCAAAGACAGCUCCUCUCCGUCCCAGUCCGCACCCCCAACGCCAGCCCCUGCUGAGGAUCCCAGCCUGGCUGACAACAGCACCUAGCCCACCUUCCAGGACCACCGUCUGGACUGCUGCACUGGAUGAGGAGUGGGGAAGACGGACCUAACUCGUGUCAUCUGGGAACUGGAUACCCUGAGCUAGCUGGACAAAAAACCCAAACACCAGGACAUGCAGGGUACACAUCUAUUUUUACCAUACUACCAGAACAUGUUAUGUGGUGCACUGUCUCUAUAAAAUGAGGAAUCAUAUUGAGAGUGAUCUCUCCACAGCAUUUAAUAUCAAUCCCCACGUGAAAGCUGUUGUGUUUUUCACUGGGUUGUUUUUUUGGGGUUGGUCUGAAGUUGAAGUUUGCUGAGGUUGGAAUGUAGAGAUGAGACCCAGCCCAUGAGAAGACUCCUUCAGCAGGCAGGCAGCAGCAGAGAAAACAGAUGUGUGACAGACUGGCUUGAUUGAUGACUGGCUCAGAGUUAACGCAAGGCAGGGAGUUUGGAGUGAAGUUUGUUAACCAUCAGGAGGACAUGUCUAAGGACAAAACGAACAUUCUCUGAGGAUGCCAAGUCACAUCAGUCAGAGAAAUAUGUGGAGCUGUGUCAAAUGAAUUUUAUGAGCUCACCGACCAGAAAAAUAGUUGUUGAACAGUGCUUCACCUAGAGGUGUGACUCUCUGAGGUCCUUGAUCUUAGAGAGAACUUUCAAACUGAUGGAAUCAGAUCCACUCUACAACCGUUAAGUGUAAUCAUGUGCACUCAUUUUUUUAUUUUUUAUUUCACCUUUAUUUAACCAGGUAGGCUAGUUGAGAACAGGUUCUCAUUUGCAACUGCGACCUGGCCAAGAUAAAGCAUAGCAGUGUGAACAGACAACACAGAGUUACACAUGGAGUCUUCAGGCGUCCGCAUGCUUUCCAGCCAAAACAUUUCGGAAGAGUUUGUCCAUAUAUAUAUUAUGACAUUUUGUGACAUUCGGUGAGGUUUUUUUUCAGGUGUUCAGAUGUGAUUGGUCAAAGGUAGGGAUUCUUCAAUAAAGUCUUUGUUGUCAUUCAA